AUUUAAAUACCCGCUAUCCUCUCACUCACUUGCAAGUCCGUCGUCCGUUUCCCGCACUCUCUUGGCUUGGCAGUGGACCAACAUCCCAAUCUUUAUUGUCUUACCCAAACAAACCCUCUCUAUUUCUCUCUCUCUCUCUCCAUACACCUCUUUCCAUCUCUUCCUCUCUUCUUGGUGUAUUCCCAGCUGAACCAACUACGCCUCCCCUGAGUUCCCCCUCCUCCCACGCUUCAAACUUGAUUUAUACAAGCUUCGUCCUGAAGUCACUCUACCUUUACGCUGACACGCUUCGCUACUCACCCCAUCCGAAGUCUGUCGAUCACGGACAGCGUCCCCCGGUACCCGCCGCCGCCGCACACCGUUUAGCCGAGAGUUCGACACUGGUUCCUCUCCUCUCAUAAGGAUCGGGGAGCCAGACUCUCCUAGCCAUGAGACAGCAUCUUUUCUACACCUCGCUCCUGUCGUCACUGCUCGCAGCACCGACAUCCGCUCUCCCAAACUUCUUUUCCGACCAAGUACGGGCGCCUUCACGACCAGACCUCAGGCGCUCAGAGCCGGCAGCACACAUGGCGAGACAAGCAACCGAUCGGUCCGGCCGCUGGCGACCCCAGAUCCAUUUCUCACCACCCGCCGAAUGGCUUAACGACCCAAACGGCCUAUUUGUUGAUUCCGACGGCGUGUGGCACAUGUACUACCAAUACGCCGACAACGUCGCCGGGGCCGGCGUGAAGCAUUGGGGCCACACGACGGCCACCGACUUUUACAACUGGGUCGAUCACCCUGUCGCCAUCCCCGCCACCGCGCGCGACGGCUCCAUCUGGUCGGGGAGCGUCGUCGUCGACCGGAACAACUCGUCGGGCUUCUUCCCCUCCGACAAGACCAGCGGCAAGGACAACAUCAUCGCCUACUACACUUCGUGGGAGCCCGACCAGGAAUCCCAGCACUUGGCGUGGUCCUACGACGGCGGCAAGACCUUCAACCAGUACGAGAAAAACCCCAUCAUCUCGCUCGACCGGCACGGCUUCCGCGACCCCAAGAUCUCUUUCCACCACGAGACCAAGACAUGGGUCAUGGUUCUGUCGCGGGAGCACGACGUCGCCUUCUACACCUCGACCGACCUCGUCAAGUGGGAGCAGUCCUCCCUGUGGAACCCGCAGCGCGACAUCGGCCUGAUCGAGUGCCCCCAGUUUCUCCAGAUCCCCCGGAAGGACAAGUCCGGCACCGUCGUCAGCGCCAAAUGGGUCCUGACCCUCAGCCUGGGAGGCGGUGCCCCCGGCGGCGGCGCCGCCGUCCGGUACCUCACCGGCGAAUGGGACGGCAAGUCCUUCACGCCCGACGCGCCGUCCUCCGGCCGCACCGCGGGCGGGGUGCUUCACUCCCCACGCCAGGAGAGCUUCACCCUGCACGACUUUGACUUUGGCCCCGACAAGUACGCCACCGCCUUCUUUCACUCCCAGAACCUCAACGACGCCAAGGAAGACGCAUACUCCAUCACCUGGGCCGUCGACGCGUCCCGGUACGGGUGCUGCACGCCGACCGACCAGGAGGGUUGGCGUCACUGCAUGGGUGGUGUGCGCCGUCACUGGCUCGACGCCGACACCAACCGGCUCGUGUCGGCGCCGGCCGGCGACCUGUCCAAGCUCGCGAGCACGACGCCCGGCUGGAACCCCAUCAUCGAGGAGAAAGACGUCUCGGGCAUCGAGGGCAGUAGCGCCGUCCUCCGCGAAUUCAACCCGGCCGUCGAGUGGACCCUGACCGUCCGCAUGGCCAAGUCCCUGCUCCAGGAGGGCUCGACCGCCUCGGCCCAGCUGGCUUUCAAGGCCUCCCAGUCGAGCGGCACGGAGCAGGUCACGCUCGGGUUCGAGUUCGCCGGCGCCUCCGGCAACGGCGUGCCCUCGGCGAGCUUCAGCAUCGGCCGCGUCAGCACAGCGUGGGACCGCUCCGGCACCUUUGGCAUCUCGGACGUCCGCGCCCUGGACGCCGCCGCCUCCGAGGAGGGCUCCGAUGCCAACGUCGAGUUUACCCUGCACGGCAUCCUCGACCGCUCCGUGCUCGAGGUUUACGUCAACGGCGGCGUCGAGGCCGGUACGAUGCUCUACUUCACCGAUAAGCCCCUCGACAGCAUCCUCCUCACUCGCGGCUCCGGCUCCAAAGACCAGGGCAUCACCUUCGAUUUCAAGGCCGUCGCCCUCAAGAGCUCUUGGGGAACGUAUGAGGAGAAGGACGUCUCGCAGUCAAAGCAGGACGACUGGGUCACGGAGGAGCUGUGAGAGGACCCCUGUCCGGCCCGUCGACACGAUCCCUUGUGUGCAUCCCGUGGCGGUACUGGUGUCUUUCUUGCGAUGGUGAUUUCCUUCGGUACCCGAUUCGGGACGGAGCUCGCGAGAGCCCUCUUUGCGCGUCAGAAAGUGUGGUUCCAAGGCGAAGGGGGGUGAUGGUGGUGUUUUAUUUGCUUUAUUUAUGGAGGACUCGAGGCACAAUGCACAAACGAGACCCGUGGGCAUGGACAGGACCGUCUUUGGUAUUAGUACAAAGCUCCCCGCAUCACUCGGUCGCAUCCGUACGAAUCAUG